AUUACUCCUUCAAAAGUGUGUUACACGAUACUACAGAAAAUUCUGAUACCUGCAAGGGAAACCUGAAAGACCAAACUGAACCUAGGGAUACAUACCAAUCUGAGAUAAUUGUGAAAAGUACUGAUGACCCAGCUCUUCAGAGUGAAGAUAAAGGAAUUACUCAUUCAGAAAAUAAAGUGCAUGAACAGGAGGUUAAGCCAGCACAAAUGCAAGACAUGUCUCAACUUGAAUACUCCUCUGAAAGUGUGAUACUUCAUGCUACCGAAAAUUCUGAAAUCAUUUCUCUAAACCCAACAGGCCAAGCUGAAAUCAAGGAUACAACCCAAUUUGAGUUGAGUGUGAAAAGUACUGAUGAUUCUGCUGCCAUGCAGGAAGUUUCAAAUCCUGACAACAAGCAUGAGCAUCCUACAAAAGAAAACAACUUAGAUGCUUUAGACCAGAUAAAUGAAGAUACUAGGAAAUCACAGACAAGUGACACAGAAAGACUAGAUGCUGCAGUGGGCCAGUUAUAUGAGACUGAAGGUCAAGGGGAGACUGAUAUAAAACCCAGUGCUGAACAAAUGAGUCCUCAAAAGGAGGAACUUUUCUCUGAAGUUGAGAAGACUAAGUUGUCUUUACAAUCCCAUCAAUCAGAAACAUAUACUCCUUUUGACUCACAACCUUGGGACAAACAUGUGGUCAUGGAUGAGCAAAACAAAGCACAUUUCAACCCCACUGGAAACAGGAGAAAACUGGGGUCUAGUCGUAGAAAUAAAGGAGGACGGCAUGUUAACGGCUGUUCAUACAAACAGGAAGAUGUUGAAAAUAUUAGGGGCCUUGAACCCCUUGAAACAACAAAAAUGUCACUAGCAUUACAGGAAAUGGGGCAAGAAGAGUCAAGUCAAGAGAGUGAGCAUGUUGCUGAAUCAUACCAGAUACCUACACAGGAACUGGUUGGGAAUACCAUGGGUAACAAACGUCUUGAAACACCAAAGAUGUCAUUAACAACAGAGACAGCAAUACAGGAAAUAUCAAUGGAAAGCAUGCUGGAAGUAAUGGACAAAUUUGACACUUCUCAGACUGGAGACAUUAGUGAUGCACAUAUUGACACAUAUGAGUUAAAUAGUAUUAGUGUCCAUUCAAAUUCUACAGUAGCCCAACCGGUAAUUGACCAAUCAAAUUCCAGAAAGAUGCCAGAUAAAGACAUUCCCCAUAUGUAUUCUGCAACAGAUACAGAAAUCAAAGAAGGGGACAAUGAUACAGACUUUAUACUGCAGUGUGAGAUUUUACAGGCCAAUGAUUUAAAACCAGAAGGUAACAGGCCUUAUAUCACACUGGAGAUAACACCGGAAAACAACAGCUGUAGAGAGCAGACUGAACCUGAAUGCAGUGUUGAGAAAGUAGCAGUUUCAUCACCAAAAGAGGAGUUGCUUACAGAUGAGGAACAAAAUGAGCAUUUCAGUUUGUGUAAAGUGAGAGGAGCUCAGCACACAGAGACUGCUGUAAAGAAAGUGCACACAGAGGAGGAUAAUCCAGAACCAAUACAAGAAAUGCAUCAAAUUGAUUACAUCUCAGUUAAGGAAAGCAAAUCUUCUUUACAAACUCUGCAAUCAGAAGAACAUGCUUGUUUGGAUUCCCACCCUAAGGACAACUUUCAGAGCACCAAGGAGGAGACUCACACAGGCUUCAAACCCACAGGAAACAGAAGAAAACUGGGGUCAAGCCGAAGAAAUAAAGGAAAACAGCAUGUACUGGACUCUGGUACUGAAACAUACCAACAACCUAAAGAAAAAGUUGUAGAAAAUACAGAAACAAUAAACAUACCAUUAUCAACAGAGAGCACUAAACAGCAAAUUGACACAGGUUUCAAACCUGCUGAGAAAAUUAGACAAAUUAGGUCAACUUUAAAUGAAGGUGAGAACACAGAAAAGGUGCCAGAGGAGGAUACCUUGUCCCAGAAUGUUAUGGAUAUCAGUACAGCUGUGACAGCAGACAUCACUUCAAGGUCAGACAAAGAUGAUUUUCAUAAAUUCAGUGAAAAAGUCAAUGAGGAGGAAAAGAAACAUAACCUAAAAGAGUCUGAGAAUUCAACUCUCCUUACAGGCUAUGACAGAGUUAAAACGGACUUGAUACAAUCAUCAGAAGCCUCGGUUUGUAAUGAUGACUCUGACAUACGGAUUAUCUCAUAUCAUGAUGACAAUAUCACAUUCAGGUCCAUCACUUCUGAUGUACUUUGCCAAGAAGAAGUCUUUCAAGUCCAAGCCAUGGAAACUUUACCUUAUGACAAAGACUUACUGGGACAACAAAUACAUAUCCAACAGACCAAUUUCGUGAUAGAAAUGGUGGGAGAUGAAGUGGGGCGUUCAAUCCAACAGCAUGGACAAGAUCAAGUGGAAGAAAGCUGUGAACACCCUACCAAGAAGGGACAAGAUGAGCAUUUGGAAGGAAAGUCCAAACAAAAGAAGAGAAAGAUAGGCUCUACUCGCAGGACUGGACUCCUUAGAAAACAAGAGGAAGAAACAGGCAAUACAGAUGAAGCAAAGGAAAGCAAUUUGCACACAGAAAUUGACAUGAGAGAUCUUGAUAGCACGGAAGUUGUGGAGGAUUUACCAUUGAUAGUAACAACAGAAUUAGCACAAAAUGAAACUGCACAACCAUCACUGAGUACUGUGGUUGAAGUGCAACAAGAAACCAGCUCUGUUUGUGAUCUGGGGCAAAAUCUGCAGAGCAGUACUUCUGACCUACACACUAUAGAGUGUAACAUGAUAGCGAAAACAGAUGAUUUAAUGGCUCUCCUUUCUGAACAGUCUGCCUCCCACCAUGAAACUGUUGUUAAUCCUGUUACAUUUAUUCAUGGAGCUGAUGUAAGGAAUUAUGGGGAAAUAGUUGGUGCUGGUGAGGAGCCAUCAGAGGGAGAUGAUUUUACAAGCACUGUGAUGGUUACUGAAAGAAACAGGCACUCAGUAAAUCAGUUGCUGCCACCAAAUACUGAAGAUGCUGUCAACACUGACUCUGGUAUAACGGUGACUUUUUGUGAGAUUUCACCAAGCACGCAAAAUGAUGAGCAAAGUCCAGAUGACACAAAGGUAAUACAGGACCAAGAUUUGAAAUCAUCAGAAGAAGAGCCUACAAAUGCCAAGGCUAGUAUACAAAAGCCAAUGAAUGAAGAAGCUCACAAUAUAAACAUUGUGAUGAAGAAAGCAAGUCCAAACUUCAGUUCAGCCAACAGGAGAAGAAAGAUGGGCUCCACUCGGAGGAAUCUUGGAUCACACCACAAAGGGGAAGACUUGCAUCAAAAGCAAGAUGUGGAUAAUGAGGCAACUGCAACAGAUGUUGGAGAUGUUUUGAGUAAAGGUGUGUCUGGAAUCAAAGAAGAUCUGCAGCUUCAAAAAGAACACACAGAAAGUGACUUGCAAAAAGGGAAAGAAAAAGUAUUUGAAACAGUCAAAUACAGCCACACUGGUGUGUCUCAGUUAAAAGUUCUGGCUCAACAGGCAGUUGAAGAAGAUCUUCCUUCUCUCAGCAAUAUAUUAGAAACAGAGCAUCAACUGACCUCAGAUGACUUCUCUGCAAAACCAUCCACUUCUCCCAAACGUGACACUAUGUCAGAAUCAAUAUCUGGAGGGAGAAGAAGAAAAAUGGGAUCUCACAGGAAGUCAAGUGGGCAUCAUACCCAUGAAACUGCAACAGAGGGCAGAGAAAUAGAUGCAGAACAAGGAAGAGACGUCAGAGGACUCACAGAUGAAGAACACAGAAAAGAAUCUUUGGGCCUGGACAAAAUAUCAGAGGUUGAUGAAAGUGGCACAAAACCAUCAUCCAACAUCAGCAGGUCAAAGGGAGGGGGGCCAAUAAAAACACUGCUGCCACAAAGCUUCAUCCUCUUACCUUAUUAA